GGAUAAAGUCGAUUCCGCGAAUGCCUCGAAGGAGGCAAUUUCUCCAAAUUCAAUAACCGCAUCACCGAGACCAAAGAAAAGGGAGUCAUUCGAUGAAGCAAGUCUCGUAAGUCGACAUAGCAGAAACAAGAGGAGUAUGGAUGCAACUUCCAAGGGUUCUGAACGUCUGAGUCUGUUUGGAGGCUCAUUCGGCGGUACAAUUGGUAAAUCACGAAAACCACCUCCGAGAUAUUCAUCGAGUUUGUUGGACAAUGCCGAGCCUUCGACCGAAAAGGAAAAGCACUCAAGCAUCAGCCUCUCCAGGCUCUAUGGUGGACGCAAGCAUUCAGGUCGACCGUCAACCUCUGAUGGACUGUCGAAAGACGCAAGUCAUCCAUUCAAAGAUGCUGCCAAAGAAAAGGCGAAAGAGAAGGAAAAAUCAAAGGCGAAAGAGAAACUGAAGACUACUGAUAAGGAUAAAGAGGCCCCUAAAGAAAAGGCGAGGGAAAUAGCAACCCUUCGCAAGUCGCCUCAACAAGAACCUCGAUCUACUUCUCGUGGGCCCACUUCUCUGAAGCCCGGUAAAAGUAUCAUCGAGCAAAUUGGGGUCCCUGACCAUAAUGGUUGGAUGCGCAAGAAGGGUGAACACUAUAAUUCUUGGAAACUCCGUUAUUUCAUCAUCAAAGGCCCCCAUCUCUACAUUUUGCGAAGCAAUAACAAGGCUGAGACGAAGAUCAAAGGCUACAUUCACAUUGUUGGCUACAAAGUCAUCGCCGACGAAAAUAUUGAUCCUGGGCGAUAUGGCUUCAGACUUGUCCACGAUACUGAUAAGACAUACUACUUCAGCUCUGAAGAGCAACUUGUUAUUCGCGAAUGGAUGAAGGCGAUCAUGAAGGCAACCAUUGGUAGAGACUACAGCAAACCCGUCGUAUCCUCUGUUAAUAUCCCUACGAUACCUCUCACCGUCGCGCAAGCUAUGAACCCGGCUCCAAGGCCUCCAUCUCCUACAGCCCGCGAUGCUACACAGAAGGCGCUUCGACGAGAGAAUCCUAAUCAGUUAUCAACCCGAGAUGCACGAAUACUCAUGGGACUCCCAUCGCCAGAAGGCGGUGCACGCACGCAGGAUGCGCAAGAUAAUGAAAGAGGGAGAUUAGACUCAUUCUUCGCAAAUGCCCCUGUUUCUACUGGUGCGAAUGAGAUCGCAGCUAGCCCGCCAACGCCGAGAGCACAGAAAGGUGCUCCACCCAGACCCUCCCGAGAAUUACGUCGGCUAAGCACACAGGGAAGCGAGAUUAGUGGACCAGUUGACCCAAGUCUUAUUGAGUGGGCAAAUUCCCGAUUGCCAGCAUCGCUGCGAAUAACGGAUACCUCCGGUUCGCUGUGUGAUGGGCUUGCCCUUCUACGUCUCGCAGAAUCUAUUAAGGGAAAAGCCUCAUCACCCCCUGUUCCCGAUUCUGCCUUCCCAUCUGGGCCUAACGACGAUAAGCUUGAUGGACUCUUCCGGCUCUUUGACUUCCUGCUUGAUCACGAUGUUAAGAUGGGUAGUGUGAGCAUCAACGACGUGCGACAAGGGAAACGAGACAAGAUUAUCCAACUCCUUAAAGCAUUGAAGUUGUGGGAGGAUAAGCGUAAAGCCAUCGACUUUGGUUACGGAACAGCAGUCCAGGCCGGUGCCUUCAUGGCCCCCGUUGGUUUGCCAUGGAAGAUGUGAUAUUUUGAGAAUGAAUAAGUGUAUUACUUCCCACUGUCCUUAACUUUCCUUACUGUUUUUCAUCUGUUUCCCUGUUUCCCUCCUCUGUUUUGUGACUACUGGGGACACUCCUGAAAGAUGACACUCCUUUUGAAUAUCUAAUGAUCGUCGUUCCUUACAUCUAGUACUGUUGGGUUCGGAUACCCGUUUCUACAACUUACUUAUAUUUUUUUGUGCAUUUGUCUUUCAUUACUUGGAAUAAAAAGGCAGAUAUCAGUGUACAAGUAGCGAGUGUGAUGGAUAUAUUAUUGAGAAUGAAUGUGUGGCAGGAGGUAACUAUAAAUACUAAGUUAAUAAUAUGAAACGAUAUACUUCUCGCACCUCGCUGUCGAGGUGUCGAGAUCCAGGGGGAUGUAACAAUGUAGUGUAGAGCGAACUUUUUAUAGUUUGGCCUUCGUUGCGUUGAACCUGCUGUGUACGGCGGAAGCUACUAGCCGGUGAUGGGUUUCGCUCCAUAUCUCGCAACGGGCCGUCAUCGCUCGACCACCCAAGGCCAACGUACUGCUGACUAUGCGAAGUUUAUCACCAAGCGUCGCGGGGGAAUGGUACAAAAUGUCGAUGAAUUGGGAUACGCCGAGCUCGCCCUUUCCGCCGGUUGCCAGACCUAGAACAAGAAUAGGAAGAGUGGAGCAAUUGGAUAGGAUGUACCCUGUGCAACCUCCAUGUAAGACG